AUGGCUCGGCCGAGCGUGCCGUGGGCGGGCGGGCCUGCUGUCUCCCCGCUCUCACUGGUGCGAGGCACUCUGGCCAAGCAGGGGCACACGGUGGACAAGGUGGAGAUCAUCGUGCUGGGCGGCACCUGGUCUUACUACCCUCGGGACUACCAGGAGGAGUUUUGCCGCGACGUCUUCUACGCGGCCAACACCUUCGACGAGGGGAAGAGCAAGCUCGGCGAGAAGGGCGAAGCUCAAGCGAACGUGCGGCCCAGGCGCUCCUUGCUGGAGGAGCAGCGGAUGAACGAAGAGGCGGCGACGAAGAUAAUCGGGCUUACGCUGGAGACGCGGCCAGACCACGUCAGCCUGGCGGAGGUCAGGAGGCUGCGCCGCUACGGCUGCACCCGAGUGCAGAUCGGCGUGCAGCACACGAACGACGACAUCCUGCGCUA